AUGUCUCUAGUCAAGAAUUCAAAUAUUGCUGUCAUCGGUGCUGGGAUAUCUGGUCUGUCCUUCGUUUACUUUUUAUCAAAAUUAAGACCUGAUCUACACUUCACAAUAUAUGAACAAUCAAAUAGAAUAGGUGGUUAUAUCAACACGGAAGAGCAUCGCUUCAAGGGGGAACUCAUCAAUCUGGAUAAAGGCCCAAGAACACUGAGAGGUGCAAGUGAUGGUACAACCAUUAUUGUCGAUACAUUAAUCAAAUUGGGUCACAGUGAUUUGAUAAAUGUCAUACCUUCAAAUUCAAUUGCAAAUAAAAAGUAUCUACUAAGUCCCGAAAAUGAGCUGGUUCAAGUGCCAAAUGAUUUGAGUUCAACUUUUAAUUUUUUGAAGUCACCAUUAGGUAAAGGUUUAGUACCUGGUUUGUUAACAGAAGUUUUCAAACCACAAAAAAUUAAUAAAGAUGAAAGUGUUGAAUCCUUUUUAACCAGAAGGUUUGGAAAAUCUCUACCAAACAAUAUCAUGAGUGCUGUUUUUAAUGGUAUAUACGCUGCUGAUAUUGGAAAAUUGAGUGCAAAGACAACUUUGAAAUCAAUGUAUGAAUCUGAAUUACAAGAUGGUUCAAUAGUUAAGUCAAUGAUUAUGAAAAAUUUGCAAAAGGACACUAAAAAAGAUACAGUUUCACCAAUAUUGAAGGAUUAUGACCAAAAGUUCAAAGGGAUAUUCAAAGAUGCACCUUAUUAUCCAAUAUCAAGACUACAAUCAUUACUGAAAAGCUUUCCAAUGGUUGUAUUGAAAGGUGGAUUGAGUAAUUUACCAAACUUAAUUGGAGAGCAUCUUGCAAAGAAUAAUAAAAUCAAAUUUGUCAAAAAUGAUCCAAUCAUAUCCAUCAACCGUAACCAAAACAAAUCAAUCACAUUAAGAACUUCAUCUGGUAUAACCAAGGAUUAUUCUCAUGUUAGAUCAACUGUCAAUGCUACAACUUUUGCUCAAAUGUUACAAAAUGGUGCAUUAAUCUCCAGUGGAGAAGAAACUUCACCAACAGCGGAUAUUGCUCUUGAAUUGAAAUUCAUAAACAUCUUUUUAAUAAACUUAUACAUCAAGAAAAAUGUUUUGAAGAAUCAUGGGUUUGGUUAUUUGAUCCCAAAAUCCAAUGAAAACAAUGAAAGAGUUCUUGGUGUUAUAUUUGAUUCUGAUAUUGAAAAAUCAGCUACAAAACUAUUACAAUCUGACUCAAUAAAGUACUUGAAAUCUAAUGAGGAAGCUGCAUUACCAGUCAUUCAACCAGUGUUCAACGAUGCUGAUUAUACAAAGUUAACAAUCAUGAUGGGCGGUCAUUAUUGGGCUAAUCAUAAAAUCCCAUCAAGAGAGAGAUCAAUAAGUGCAGCAAAAGAAGCUUUAACAAACCAAUUAGGUAUAGAUUUUACAUCACUUUCACCUGAAGAUGAUUUCUAUAUUGAUUCUCAAUUGAUUCCAAAUUGUUUACCACAAUAUCAUAUAGGUUAUGAUGAUAUGAAAAAACGAUUUUUGGAGAGUGUGAAGGAGGAAUUUGGGGAAAGAUUAAGUACAGGAGGAAUGAGUUUUGGUGACGGUGCUGGUGUUCCUGAUUGUGUUGUUAAUAGUUUUAAGAAUGCUGCGAAUUUGGCUUAA